AUGAGCAACGCAGAGAUAAUCAGUUCUACAAAUCUUAUAAUUCUACUAGAGGAUGAAAUCUUUGUCGAUUUUUUCAACACAUUUCUUUCUCUUCCGGUCUUUGGCCAGACACCAUUUUACACUGUUGAAAAUUCACAGUGGAGUUUGUGGCCAGAAGUACCUUGUGACUUGAUUGCUAAGUACAAAGGAUUAUUGACCUGGUUGGGAAAAUACCGGUUACCUUUCUUCUGUAAAACAAACUUGUGUUUCCAUUACAUUCUCUGUCAGGAGUUCAUCAGUUUCAUUAAGUCCCCAGAAGGAGGUGAAGAGUUGGUGGACUUCUGGAUCCUUACUGAGAAGAUCCUGAGCAUAGACGAGCUGGACCUGGAAGUGAGAGACUAUUAUCUGUCCCUCCUUCUUGUGCUGAAGGCCACCCAUCUGCAGGAGGGCUCCAGGGUGGUAACUCUCUGCAACAUGAACAUCAAGUCCCUCCUAAACCUCUCCAUCUGGCAUCCCAACCAGUCAACCACCACAAGGGAGAUCCUGAGCCACAUGCAAAAAGUGGCUCUGUUCAAACUCCAGAGCUAUUGGCUCCCAAACUUUUACAUCCACGCCAAGAUGGCCAUGGCCAAGGAGAAGGCGUGCCAUGGUCUGAUGCAGGAAUAUGAGACUCGAUUGUGCAGUGUUUGCUACACCCACGCAGGAGGGCUUCCUCUGAACAUGAGCAUCAAGGGGUGCCACCACUCCCAGAAGCGGUACUCAAGCAGAAAGGCCAGGAGGAAGAUGUGGCAAUUGACAGAUCCCAGCUCUUGGUCUCUGGAAAUGGACUGCAAACUAGAUACCAACAUUAUGCCCCCACAGGAGAAGUGUCCUCAGAAGAAGGUGGUUCUACAAAUGCCUUCCCUGAAAGUGCCCUCUUCAAAGGAGAGAAUAAUCAGUUCCCUGGAAAAGGAUAUUCACUGUGCCUGGAGGUCCAGCAUGAAUAAGAAAGCCAAGAGCCACCUCCACAUGGAAGGCCUCUUUGAGACGAAGUUCUCUGCCCACCUAAGGACUGUCACCCCCUUCUUUAAUCAGUGCUCCCAGAUGACAAUCAAGAAGGCCAUCAAGGAAAGCCCCUCCUCCAUGUACACCCACUGGGCCUUGAGUGCUGAUGCCUGUGCAGGGAGUCCUUUCCGGGAGCACCUGAAGAAGCUGAAUUUGAAAGUAGAGACCCAACUCCUGGACCUCUGGCAGGACCUGCACCAUUUCCUCAGUGUCCUGAUGAGUAAUACGAAGAAUGGAAAUGCCAUCUUUCGUUACAUGCUUGGUGACAGAAUCUGUGAGCUCUACCUGAAUGAGCAGAUCGGCCCACCCUUACCACUCAAAUCCCAAACCAUCCAAGGCCUGAAGGAACUGCUACCUUCUGGGGACAUGAACCCCUGGAUUCCCAAAGCCCAGAAGGAGAUCUGCAAGUUGCUUAGCCCCUGGUAUGAUGAAUUCCUGGACGAAGAGGACUACUGGUUUCUCAUUUUUACAACUCAGACCAGGUUCAUCCGUGCCAAGUGGCAUAAAAGAGAAUCUAUAAGCAAAGAAGAGAACAUUCUUCUUUAUAAAAGAAUACAGGAAUCUCUGGAGUUGAGCCAGGCUUUGGCUAACAUGGAUGAAAUGGAUUCUAUGCAGUGGCAAAAGAUAGCUACUGAGGACCUGAGACAAGGUGGGUCUCUCCAGGUAGAGGUGAAGUCUCCAGUGUUUCUGUCAGACAUAAAUAAAAUGUCCUUUAAGGAAUUAUGCUAUAAGAAUCCAAAGACAGCCAUAGAGAAGAUCAGCGAUGACUACAAGCUGUAUUGUGAGAAAGCUCCUCAGACAGAUUUUACAGUGGAAAUUAUCAAGGAACCAAGAGUCGUUGCACACUCUCAUAGGAAAAUGUCCCUCAAAAGAACUGGCAUAAGAAAGCCCUCCAUGAGACCCAGAACUUUUACAGAAGUCUUCCUAAAUACACACCACUUGGAGUUCUUCAAGGAGUUCCUCAAAGAACAGAAGGCUGAAGGCCCAUUGCAGUUCCUGAUUGCAGUACAAAAGAUCAGUUUGGAGUCCAGUGAAAAGGUUUACAAGUCUCUCCUUGAAAAUUUAAUCAAGACUUACUUCCAUGGCAAUCUCUCUCCCGAAGAUAUCCUGCAAUGUGAUGCCCCUAUUAUCAAAGACAUCACUCACAUGCAAAAUGUCACAAUGUCCAAAUUGUUUGUACUCCAGGACUGUGUCAUGAAGUCUCUGGAAGAAAAGUGGUUUAAAGAUUACCAAGAGCUGUUCCCACCUCGUCCUCAAGAGGUGGAAAUUGAAGUACAAACUACACAUAGGAAGCCCUCAAAGACAGCAACAACUUACCUACAGGAAUUGCAGAACAGAGGCUGGCUGAAAAUGAUUGGCUUUGUCAAGAGUUUUUGCAAGUACCGCAGAUUUAUGUCAAAUCCUACUAGGUGCCUCGAAUUUGUAGAUUAUCUUCACCUGGAAAUGCAGAACAACAAAGAAAAUUUCCCCGCAUCACCCAACGUAUCGGGACAUCCAACCUUGCUCUCCACAAAUGUCCGGAGUGCAGACCAGGAGAAUGGAGAAACAAUCCUUAUGAAGCGCCGUAUAUUUGGCCACAGGAUUAUUAUCAUCAACUUUGUAAUCAAUGAUAUAUAUUUCUUUUCUGAAAUGGAGAAAUUUAAUGACUUGGUGAGUUCAGCUCACGUGCUGCAGGUCAACCGGGCAUACAACGAGAAUGACAUCAUCCUAAUAAGGUCCAAAGUUAACAUUAUCCUCAAGCUCUUCCUGAAUUCUGACAUUCCUCCAAAGCUGAGGGUGAAUAUCUCUGAGUCCCAGAAGGAUGCCAUCCUUGCUGCCAUCACCGAGGGCCACCUAGAUCAGAACAUCUUCCAUGGGGCUGUCAUGUCUCUCUUCCCCAUCAUUAUGUACUUCUGGAAAAGGUUUUGCUCCUGGAAGGCAAUCCGUGGUUACUUACAGUACAGGGGGAAGAAGUUCAAGCACAGAAAAAGCCCUCCUAAGCCUGCCUACAAGUACCCUCCCUGCAGUGGAGCGGACCACGGUGUCUUAAGGUUCACCUUACUCGGAGGUGUUGAGUGGCUGAGGCCUCAGCAGUGGGAAGUAGCAUCCAGUCCAGCCCAAAAUUCUUCAUCCAGCAACCUUACCCAGCCGAGAUUGGCGCUAUCCACCGUGCAGCUGUGUCCCAUCCAGGGACAAAAAUUACCCUGCACCAAAAAGGAGAAGAAGUAA